GAUCUGUCAAAUCUUUUUUUUUUUGCCCUCUCUACUAUAUAAUUUCCUUGGAACGAGGCUAUUUAUAUAUAUAUACUCAUACCAUACAUAUAUACACACACAUAUAAAACAAUGGCAGUAACCGACAAAAAAAGCACUGAAUUAGAAGCAGCAGCAGCAUUAAAGGGCAACAUUGACCCACGCCAAGUCAAAAGUGGCAACAAUGAACAACAACCCGAUUACCUCCGUCUCAUUCUCACCUCGCGCGUAUAUGACAUUGUCAAAGAGACGCCAUUACAAGAAGCUAUCAAUCUCAAUAAUAAACUCAACACCAAAAUCUUUUUAAAACGUGAAGAUUUGCAACCCGUGUUUUCUUUCAAGAUUCGUGGCGCAUAUAACAAGAUGGCAAACCUGACUGCAAAAGAAAAGGCGUGUGGUGUUAUUGCUUGUUCUGCUGGCAACCAUGCACAAGGUGUUGCCAUGGCAGCUAAACAUUUGGGUAUCAAGGCAAAAAUUGUCAUGCCAGCAUCAUGCCCUCCUAUCAAGUGGCGCAAUGUUAAACGGUUAGGAGCCGAAGUUAUAUUGCACGGCAACGAUUUCGACACUGCAAAACAAGAAUGCGUACGACUGAUAGAAGAAGAAGGCUUGACGAAUAUCCCACCCUACGACGAUCCUUAUGUGAUUGCAGGCCAAGGCACGAUCGGCAUGGAAAUCCUGCGCCAGCACGAUAUCAACGAUAUUGCAGCCAUCUAUAUCCAAGUCGGCGGCGGCGGGUUGAUUGCCGGUAUCGCCAGCUACGUGAAACGCAUUGCACCACACAUCAAAAUCAUUGCCGUGGAAGCCGACGACGCCAAUGCCAUGACAUUUAGUCUUAAUAAAAAGGAACGCGUCGAACUGAACGAAGUCGGAUUGUUUGCCGAUGGCGCUGCAGUCCGUGUUGUUGGCGAAGAAACGUUCCGUGUGGCCCAAUCAUUGAUUGACGAAAUGGUCAACGUGACCAACGACGAAGUGUGUGCGGCCAUCAAGGACGUGUUUGAAGACACGCGAUCGAUCUGUGAACCUACGGGCGCAUUGGCUUUGGCCGGCGCCAAGAAAUACUUGCAACUCAAUCCGCAUGAGACCACGACCGGCAAGGCCCAUGUGGCUAUUGUCUCGGGCGCCAACGUCAACUUUGAUCGAUUGCGUUUCAUCAGUGAACGUGCUGAGUUGGGUGAACAGACCGAAGCCUUUUGUACAGUCAAGAUCCCAGAACGACCGGGCAGUUUCAUGAAAAUGAUUGAACAUGUCUUGCCUCGUAACGUUACCGAGUUCACGUAUCGUUACUCGGAUCUCAAGGACGCGCAUGUCUAUAUCAGUUUCAAGGUCGAUCAUUUGGCCCAGGAAGUCGAGCAGGUCUUGAAAGCAUGGGCUGCGGAUGGUUUAAAGGGAUGUGAUGUUAGUCAUAAUGAGUUGGCUAAAGCUCAUGCACGGUAUAUGGUCGGUGGUCGUGGACGGCCUGAUCAUGAACGCGUGUUCCGAUUUGUUUUCCCUGAACGACCCGGUGCAUUAAUGAAGUUUUUGAAGGGAAUGAAUUCGACAUGGAACGUCUCGUUGUUCAACUACCGAAAUCAUGGCGAUGAUAUGGGCAAGGUGUUUGUCGGCAUCCAAGUGCCUCCAGAAGAUUAUGCCGCCUUUGAUGAGUUCCUUAAUCAGCUAGGCUAUCACUACGAAGAAGAGACGGACAAUGUCGUUUACAAGACGUUCCUGUUACAAUAGACAACCCAGACUUAUUACCAAUAAAUAAAAAGCACCUUGUUUUGUAAGAAGGAAUAGUACCGGAUGC